AUGAGCGCAAGCGGCCCGGUCGCUCCCGCGGACGGCCCCGCGCUGCCACUGCCGCCGCCCGGGCCCGGCCCGGGGCCCGCACCACCCGCUCCUGCCGCCGCCGCCCGGGACGCCAUGGACGGGCGCGCCGAGCUGCCCGCCUUCCCCCGGGCCGGAGCCCCGCCGCUUGCCGCCAGCGACACAGUGCCCGCCGCACCAGAGGGGGCUGGGGCGGCCCGGCCUGCCCCGCCACCGCGCCCCACCUCCUUCUCGGUGCUGGACAUCCUGGACCCCAAUAAGUUCAAUAGCAGAAGACGCCGCUGUGUGCUGCUGGGCCCCGUUGCGCCCUCGGCGUGUGCCCCAUGCGCCCCGGCCCCGUGCGCCCCGGCCACCGCCGCCCCGGGACGCGCGCCGCACUCAGAGGAGCUGGAGCGCCGCGCCCUCGCCGCCGCCGGAGGAGCUGGACCCGGCACCGGAGCUGAGUCGCCGCACGCCGGCGACCCCUGCAAGGCGGACGAGGCCGAGGCCAACGGCUACAGCAGCGGCGGCGGCGGUGGCCGCAGCCCGAGCGCAGACAGCGGGGACGAGGCGCCCGACGACGACGAGGACGAAGACGAGGCGCCCGAGGCGGGGGCGGUGCGCAGCACGGAGGCGCGGGGAGGCGGCAGCAGCCUCGGGGCCCGCGGGUCGGGCUGCCAGGGCGAGGCUGAGACGCCCCUCGGCGCCGUCGACGAAACCACGGCCCCCGGCCCUCGCGGGAACUCGCCCGGAGCCCCGGGUCCGCCGGGGACCUCGGCGGCGGCGGCAGCGGCGCCUGGGGGCGCGGGGACCACCCCGCAGGGCGCGGCGGCGGCGGCGGCGGCGGCGGCGGCCAAGCCCAAGCGGAAGCGCACGGGCUCCGACUCCAAGUCCGGGAAGCCGCGGCGCGCUCGCACCGCCUUCACCUACGAGCAGCUCGUGGCGCUGGAGAACAAGUUCAAGGCGACGCGCUACCUGUCGGUGUGCGAGCGCCUCAACCUGGCGCUGUCUUUGAGUCUAACCGAGACGCAGGUGAAGAUUUGGUUCCAGAACCGCCGCACCAAGUGGAAGAAGCAGAACCCGGGCGCCGACACGAGCGCGCCGACCGGCGGCGGCGGGGGACCGGGGCCGGGCUCGGGGCCCGGCGCGGGGUUGCCCGGCGGCCUCAGCCCGCUCAGCCCGUCGCCGCCCAUGGGCGCACCGCUCGCCAUGCACGGCCCGGCCGGGUACCCAGCGCACGGCCCUGGCGGCCUGGUGUGCGCCGCGCAGCUGCCCUUCCUGUCGAGCCCGGCGGUGCUCUCGCCCUUCGUGCUGGGCUCGCAGACCUACGGCGCGCCGGCCUUCUACGCGCCGCACCUCUAA